CGUCCCGCGCGGUCAUCUACUGAGGCCUGCCAAGGACGUGCGGUCGUGGAGGCCCAUCCCUUGGCCCCAACUACUUCAGCCGUCCUGUUCUAUUCCGCUCACGACGAGACUCGUAUCUCGACACACUAGGGCCGGGCUUUCAUCGGAGAGGACGCCGGAUAGCAAUAGAAUCCUGACCUAAAUAGUGCGACUCUCCGUUGAUUGCUGCGGAAACUCGGCCUUACACCGUUCUCCUUGAUCUAUCCUCCCGUUUUUUCCUGUGCGUUUGACACGCGUUGCGUAGUGUUAUCGUCAGUAGAACAAGUUCGAAAAGGAAUCCCAGUGAUAAACUCAUCCCAGCAAAUUCAAGGCGGAUAUGAGAAUUCCCUAAGCGGUUCGACUGUGUUUCUGUCUGUGUUGCUAUUCUCGUCAGAGAAGUGCAUUACCCUCAUCAAGAUUCCCAACGGGUGAUAUACAUACACAGGAAAGGGAAGAUAUCCCGUAAAGAAUCAAUAUGGCUAGAGCUAAACGGCGGAAAACCACGAAAAAGAGCUCCAAGGGUCGUAAUUUGGAUGAUUUGAAACAAGAACUUGACAUCGAUGAUCAUCAAAUCACAAUUGAAGAGCUGACAACAAGGCUCGAUGUCAACAUCCAAACAGGAUUGACUGAGAAAGAAGCAAAGUUCCGGUUGGAAAGAGAUGGCCCUAAUGCCCUCACCCCUCCACCCACAACUCCCGAAUGGGUAAAAUUCGGAAAGCAGCUCUUCGGUGGAUUUGCCAUGUUGCUCUGGAUUGGCGCCAUUCUCUGCUUUACUGCAUAUUCCAUUCAGGCUGGAACUUUUGAAGAGCCUCCAGAUGAUAAUUUGUACCUAGGGAUUGUGUUGGCCGCCGUCGUGAUCGUCACUGGAUGUUUUGGGUACUAUCAGGAAGCAAAAAGCUCCCGUAUCAUGGAAUCCUUCAAGAACAUGGUCCCACAGUAUGCCCUCGUCCGCCGAGCAAACCAUCUAAUAACUGUACGAGCAGAGGAACUUGUCGUUGGUGACAUUGUAGAGGUGAAAUUCGGUGACCGUAUCCCUGCCGACAUUCGCGUACUUGACGCUCGAGGAUUUAAGGUGGACAACUCCUCACUGACUGGAGAAUCUGAGCCUCAGUCCCGCACCCCUGACUUCACUAGUGCCAAUCCUUUGGAAACUCGCAAUCUGGCUUUCUUCUCUACCAAUGCUGUCGAAGGCACUGCUCAUGGGAUUGUAAUCCGGACGGGAGACGACACUGUGAUGGGUCGAAUCGCAGGGUUGGCGUCGGGUUUGCAAACUGGAGAGACCCCAAUUGCUAAGGAAAUUGCACAUUUUAUUCACCUCAUCACUGCAGUGGCCGUUUUCCUAGGAGUCUCAUUUUUCGUAAUUGCUUUCAUCCUGGGUUACCACUGGCUUGACGCUGUUAUCUUUUUGAUCGGGAUCAUUGUCGCCAACGUUCCUGAGGGUCUGCUUGCCACUGUCACAGUGUGUCUAACACUGACAGCCAAACGAAUGGCAUCCAAGAACUGCCUGGUAAAGAACCUGGAAGCUGUGGAAACGUUGGGAUCCACAUCGACCAUAUGUUCUGAUAAGACUGGUACUCUAACUCAGAAUCGAAUGACCGUCGCUCACAUGUGGUUCGACAAUCAUAUCAUCGAAGCUGAUACAACAGAGGACCAAUCUGGAGCGCACUAUGACAGGAAUGCUCCCGGUUGGAAGGCCCUCUCUCGAGUGGCAGCUCUGUGCAGCCGUGCUGACUUCAAAGGUGGCCAGUACAAUAUUCCCGUCCCCAAGAGAGAAGUGGCUGGGGAUGCUUCAGAGGCUGCACUCCUGAAAUGUGUCGAAAUAGCCAUGGGAGACGUUGCAAGUUACAGAAAGAGACACAAGAAAGUUUGUGAGAUCCCUUUCAACUCAACCAAUAAGUACCAGGUGAGUAUCCAUGAGACAGAUGAUCCGAAUGACCGAUCAUACCUUCUGGUGAUGAAAGGAGCCCCCGAGCGCAUCUUGGAACGUUGUUCCACCAUUUAUAUUGAUGGGAAGGAAUCUCCCCUGAAUGAUACGUGGAAAGAGGCCUUUAAUUCUGCCUACUUGGAACUGGGUGGCCUCGGAGAGCGUGUUCUUGGAUUUUGUGACUACAAGCUCCCCCUGGACAAGUUCCCACAUGGCUAUCCAUUCGAUGCAGAGGAGCAGAACUUUCCCUUGGAAAGGCUCCGCUUUGUUGGUCUUAUGGCCAUGAUCGAUCCUCCUCGAGCUGCCGUUCCAGAUGCAGUGGCGAAGUGUCGAUCGGCUGGUAUCAAGGUCAUCAUGGUCACUGGUGAUCAUCCCAUCACAGCCAAGGCCAUUGCCAAGGGCGUCGGUAUAAUCUCGGAGGGAAGUGAAACCGUGGAAGACAUAGCGAGUCGUUUGGGUAUCCCAUUGAUGAACGUAGAACCAGCUCAGGCUAGGGCAUGCGUCGUCCAUGGCUCCGAACUCAGGGAUAUGACAACAGACAUGAUUGAUGAUGUCUUAAGGAACCAUGCUGAAAUUGUGUUUGCCCGCACUUCGCCUCAGCAGAAGCUGAUCAUUGUAGAGGGUUGCCAGCGUCUGGGUGCCAUCGUGGCGGUGACUGGCGAUGGAGUCAAUGAUUCUCCUGCCCUCAAGAAAGCUGACAUCGGAGUUGCCAUGGGUAUUGCCGGGUCGGAUGUAUCCAAGCAAGCAGCCGACAUGAUUCUUCUGGACGACAAUUUUGCCUCCAUCGUGACUGGAGUGGAAGAAGGUCGACUCAUCUUUGACAACUUGAAGAAAUCAAUUGCUUACACUCUCACUUCAAACAUUCCUGAGAUUUCACCGUUCUUGGUGUUCAUCUUGGCUGACGUGCCGUUGCCUCUUGGGACUGUCACCAUCCUCUGCAUCGACUUAGGCACCGAUAUGGUUCCAGCCAUCUCUCUUGCCUACGAAGCAGCCGAGUCAGACAUCAUGAAGCGCCAGCCCAGGAAUCCUUUCACCGACAAACUGGUCAACGAGCGACUGAUUUCCAUGUCAUACGGCCAAAUUGGGAUGAUGCAAGCAGCAGCAGGCUUCUUCACGUACUUUGUCAUCAUGUCACAGAAUGGAUUCAAACCCACAAAGUUGCUUGGCAUUCGUCGCCACUGGGAUUCUCGGGGCAUCAACGACCUUGAGGAUUCGUACGGCCAGGAGUGGACAUACCGCGACCGCAAGAUCUUGGAACACACGUGCCACACUGCCUUCUUUAUCUCGAUCGUGAUAGUGCAGUGGACCGAUCUGAUCAUCUGUAAGACACGAAGAAACUCGCUAGUCCACCAGGGAAUGACGAACUGGGUGUUGAACUUCGCCCUCGUUUUCGAGACAAGCAUGGCAGCUCUCCUCUCUUACAUGCCCGGCACGGAAAAGGCCCUGCGCAUGUAUCCGCUCAAAUUCGUAUGGUGGCUGCCUGCCAUGCCGUUUUCCCUGGUCAUCAUUGUUUAUGAUGAAAUUCGUCGGUACUUCAUGCGCCGCAAUCCAGGCGGAUGGAUAGAGAAAGAAACCUACUAUUGAGAAGAAAACGAGAGAAGAGCUCUCUCAGUCCAUGUAGUUUAUUUCCGUAGUGGUGAUACGAGACGCCCUAUUCUUCUGCCAGAUCUCACAAAUUCCGCACACUUUUUUCUCCCCACUGUCUAUUCGUUCUCUCGUUCCCCCACGGUUUUCUCUAAUAUUUGGCAUAUCCAGUUGCUUCAAUCAAUUUGCUUUCUUCCUUAUCCUCACCUCCUUGCAAAUCAUCACAUUUCUGCUUACACACGACACGACCAAGGCCUUUCACGCUCGUCCGAUUCGAUUCUGUUCGUCACACAGCAUGAAAAGAUCUCAGGACGGGACUCGGGAAGCAACUGCAGCAGCAAAACCAUUUGUAUUCACAUCAAUUGAUAGCUACAAGGGGCUCGUUUCUUUUUUCACUGUCUCGGUCUCCUAAGCCUUCUCUUCCCACUGGUGCUAUUCUGCAAUCUCUUUUUCAAGUUUGUGUUUCAUAUAAAGAUCGAAAGUGAGAUUCUAAGAAAACUGGUGGUCGACCUUCUUUGGUCAUAUGACAGCACAAAUCCAUUUAUUGUUUUAUUUUACUCCCUGCUGAGUCUUGCUUCAAGAAUCUUGGUGGUCCUAUUCUCUUCCACGAAUCCUCCUGUCAUCAGUCUCGUCCCCGUGGUUCAAGAGGGAACGGCAGAGGAUAACAUAAAAUUGAAAUGCAUUUAUCCGCGCUCAUAUGAGAAGAAAUAAAUAAAGAUGCGAGGUUGAACAGAG